AUGGAGGCGACCGCUAGCCCGGACGGCUACAGGUCUCUCAACACCGGUGAGCUGAGGGAGCUUUUACAAAGCGACGACAAAAUGGAGCAAAUCAUUCGACUCAAUGAGAAGUUCCAGGAGCUCCAAGUAGACAGAGAGAUGAUGCUGGUGUCCAAUCGCAGCCUGGCCGACACCAGCCUUGCUCGGCAGCCCCACCUUAAUAAUGGCCGAAUCCAGUUGGCGGAAAAAUACCGGGAGCUGUCCAACCUGGCAAAUGUUUGCUGGGAAAAACAGAGUCAACUUGGAACUAGAGCCCAGAAGCACAGCUUGCAAAGUGCCCAGAACCUUCUGCAGGAAGAGGUGGCACGCGCCGAGGAGAACUCAGAGGAGUUUCUGGACAAGUUUAUGGAGGGGAACAUGAGCCUGGAGGAUUUCUUAGACUCCUUCCAGAGCUCCAGGAGGACUUACCACAUCCGACGAGCGCAGGCCGAGAAGAUGCAGGACUUGGCCAAGAAGCACACUGGCAAAGUGGGUGGUGAUGACGCAGCAGGCAAAGUCCAAGAAGAGGUAAAAGCGGAUUCCGAACGUCACCCGGAAACCCCGCGACCCAACGGCUACUUGGCUCAGGGCCCUCUUAGAGUCUUCCAGGUACGCUACGGCCUGACGCCGGCCAUCCUUUUGCCGCAUUACCCCGUUUCCCCCGCGGCGGCCUCGGGGCCCGCCCACCAGGCCAGGACUCCUCCGCCCGAAGCCCUCCCGCAGGGACACGUCCUGGGCCAAGGAGCGCCCCUCCACCCGGUGGGGCUUCGGGUCAUCGGACAGCUGCCUGGGGGCUGGCCGGCCAACGGGCGGCCGGUGCGCUUGCAGCAGCUGUAUAGGCCCAACCCCCAGCAGCCUCAACCACCCUUCCGAUAG